AUGAAGUGUGUUAAGUGUAAUCAUGAUAAACUUUCCAAAGAGUUUCCUUCAACAACAAUUACAGAUCGUUGUAAUCAUAUUCCUGCCUAUUGUUUAAGAUGCUUAAUAGCCAAUUUAAAUUUAAAAGAAAAACCUGUUAAAUGUCCCGAAUGUAAUGAGAAAUUAAAUCAAGAGGAAAUAAAAUUUUUAACAUUAGCAUGGGACAAAGCACCAUUUAAAAUUGAUGUUGAAAGUAUUGGAAACGUAAGGACACCACAAACUUUGACUGCAGACGGAGCUAGUAAUGCGACAGGAGACAUUUACAUUGUAUUGUUAAAUGGACAAAAAUCUAACAUACCAUUCAAUCAAGUUAAAACGGUCACUGCUUUGAGGAAAGAAAUUAGACAAAAGUUAAGGGUUGAUGAGGGCAAACAAAAGUUAAUUUAUAAUGGUGUCGAAUUGCAGGAUCGAAAAACUGGACCAACGCCAAGUACUUUACAAGAUUAUAAUAUAGGACCAGGAAGUCAUAUUCAAUUGAUUGUCGUACUUUAUAAUAUUACACGUGCAGAGUCCAUCAAGAAUUUAACGUUUGAUUUAUUUUGGGGCUAUCCUGCAAAUGGAAAUCAAGAUUAUUUGGAUGGAACUUGUUUACUCUACAUGGGGGACACCUUUUAUAGAAAAUAUGAUUAUGCAUCAGUAUUUUAUCCAUCGUUUCCGCAUAUGAAACAUUCAGGUGAUUUAAUGGAUAAUGCAAAUAAAAGAGGUCAUCAGCAAAUUACGGCUAAUUUAGAUCAAUUACCAGCUGAAGUGACACAGUUAUAUUUCAUUCUAAGCUCAUUCAAAUCUCCCACCAUUGGCCAUUUUCAAACUCCAAGUUUUAAUUUGGUAGAUCAAACUCAACCUGAUAAACCAUUAUGUACUUAUCAAUUAGAUCAAGCAGCCAAUUCUCAAGCUGUUAUUAUGUGUUGUGUUACUAGAGUUGGCCAGGGCAUGUGGCAAGUUAUUCAAAUCGGUAAAUUGUCUAAUGGUAAUGCUGAAAAUUAUGAUCCUAUCGAAUAUAGUAUUAUACAAUGUGGUUUAUUCGGAUAA